AUGAAGACCAUAUACCCGCUUCUCACUCUCCUUUCGGCGGCAGCCGUGGCUGCUGGCCCCCUUGCAAAGAAUGGAGAUAUACCUAUGCGUUUUGUGGAACGAACACCACCACCACCUGCUGAAGCAGCACCACCGGCCGAGGAUCCUGGCAAGGCUGCUGCCGAUGCCAAGGAAGCAAUGCAUGUAGCUGCGGCGGAGGCCAAAGACAAGGCAGCCCAGGAGGCUGCAGCGAAGAUGGAGGCCAUGCACGUGGCCGAAGCCCAAGCAAAAGACAAGGCUCAUCAAGAGGCUGCGGCCAAGAUGGAGGCUAUGCAUGUUGCUGAGGCUCAAGCAAAGGAUAAGGCUCAUCAAGAUGCCGCCGCCGCCAUGGAGGCUGAACACAUCGCAAAGGCACAAGAGGCGGAAAAGCAGCACCAAGCAGAUGCCGCCGCAAAGGAAAAAGCUCACCAAGAGGCCGCCGCCGCCAUGGAGGCCAUGCACGUUGCGUCUGAACAGGCAAAGGCCGCUGCUCACAAGGCUUCGGCAGAUGCCAUGGAGGCUAUGCACGUCGCCCAGGAACUGGCUAGCAUUUCCAUGGCCAUGGCGACUGAAGCUCCUCCGGCUGUGACAGACCAUGCUGCUGCUGCUGCCGCUCCUCCUCCUCCUCCACCAGCGGUCAUGCCUCAUGAGAUGCCUGCCGCAAUGCCUACUGAACCUCCAAUGCCCCCUCCACCUGCAGCGGCUGCUCACGCGAUGCCUCCUCCACCUCCUGCUGCUGCUCAUGAGAUGCCUCCUCCACCGCCAGCGAAGAUGCCUCAUGAGCCCGCCGCCCUUACUCCCCCAGAGAUGCCCCCUGCUGAGAUGCCGCCGGCUGCCAGCAAUGUCAGCGCCGAGGCACCCGUGGUCACCGAGAGCUUCUCUAUCAUUAUGGAACAAGCUGUUCAGGAGACUGGUGCUGCUAAUGUGACUGCUAUGCCUGCCGCCACGGAUGCCGCCAACCUGACUGCUCCCGCCGAGACGGCCACUGCUGCUGCCACUGAUGUCGCUACUGAUACCGCCACUGAUACUGGUGCUAUGCCCACCGAUACCGCUACUAAUACCGGAUACACCGCCACCGAGACUGCAACUGACACUGGCUACACCGCCACCGAGACUGCAACCGAUACAGGCUACACUGCCACCGAGACGGCUACUGAUACUGCCACCGCUGAGAUGUCCGCAGCCACUGAUGCCGCAGAAGAAGAAAAGAAGCAGAAAGCGGCGGAUAAGAAGGCCAAGGCGGAAGCUGACAAGGCGGCCAAGGAAGAGGAGAAGGCGGCCAAGGAGGCAGAAAAGGCGGCCAAGGAAGCAGAGAGGAAGGCAGCCAAAGAGGAGGCAAAGGCAGCCAAGGAAGCAGAGAAAGAGGCUGCUGCCGAGGAAAAGAAGGCAGCCGACGCUGAAAAGGCCGUGGGUGGGCCGGCCGCUGAAGACAAGGGCGCCCCAGGCCCAGGCCCAGGCCCAGCCGAAGCCCCCGUCGAAGCCCAAGAGGCCAAGGACGGGGCCGGAGACGCAAAAGUAGAGUACCCAGCUGGCUUCCUCACCUCUCGUCGCAUGCGUCGCGCCCGCCGCGCAUACUUUUAA